AAUGAACCUUAUUUAUUCGCGGACAAGCGAGGCAUUCGGACGUACUAAUAUUGACCAAUCAGGUGACCGGAUUGAAUCGAGCUACGUCACAGAGACUACGCAUAGCGCUAACUUUGAACCGGCAGUGAAUUCAGUGAGAAUUGCAGUGAAUUGAAAAUUAUAUUCAGUGAUUGAUAUAAUUGUUAUAUCAUGUUUUAAUUAAGAUAUCGGCAAUAUGUUUACAUCAUUUCAAAUGCGUUAUCGGGUGUGAUAAAAUAUUUCCACAAAAAAGAACGUUAUUAAAGCAUCAUGACUUCUGGAAAGGGCCCAAUGCUACCUCAAGUUAAGACCCAAAAACGGGUUAAACUUAUUCCGCCAGAUGGAGGUUGGGGUUGGAUGGUGCUCUUAGGAACAGCGACAUCUAAUGUAUUCAAUCAAUCCAUGCUAUCGUUGUUCGGCCUGCUCUACGGAGACGCAAUAGAGGCGAUGGGCUACAACACUCAAGGGGCUGCUCUGGUACUGAGCACUAUGAUAUUUGUGUCAAACUUCGGCGGACCAAUAGCAGGCGUUCUUUUGAAGCUGACGUCAGCUCGCUUCACGGCGGUCACUGGCGCGUGUAUGUGCACUUUGGGAAUCUUCUUCAGUGGCUUUGCAACGAGUCUUUGGCAUUUGGUUGCAACUUAUGGAUUACUUUUAGGUUUUGGAUUAGGGUUUAUUCAAAACUCUUCGUUCGUCUCGAUAAAUCUGUACUUCAAACUGAAGAAAAGUAGAGCCGUGGGAUUAGCUAAUGUUGGCACGGGCGUGGGUCAAAGUUUGAUGCCUCAUGUGGUCCGAUACCUUUUAGACAAUUACGGCUUCCAAGGAGCUUGCAUCAUACUGGGUGGACUGAGUUUGAAUGGCAUAUGCGGAACAUUAUUACUGCAGCCAAUCGAAUGGCAUAUGAAGAAAGUCGAGGAAGACGUAGUGGUUGAUGAAAGUAUGCAACUAUUGCAAAACCGCAAAAACAGUGUUACUUCUGGAAACGAAUCCGGUACAAUGGUCUACAGCAAUGUGCAGAGAAGAAGCACUGAACCUGGUCUAGUUGUGGAUAAGAAUGAUAACACAAAACACGUGUUCUGGAGUCAAAAACACCUGAACGGAAAAACUUGCAAAAACAUCACCGCUAACGGAAAUAAUACGUCACACAAGGCUACCCCUGCCGGUGAUAAGACAAUAUGGCAGAAAAUGUACGACCUCUUCGACAUCUCUCUCUUGUCCAGUUUCCGCUUCGUCAAUAUCAUCGUCGGAAUCGCUAUAUUCGGUGUCUCCAUCAACAAUUUCAGUUUGAUCUACCCCUUCUUUUUACAGAAAGUGGCACAUAUGACAAAGCACCAAACAGCUGUGUGUAUGUCGGCUAUCGCCAUAGCUGAUAUAGCUGGAAGGCUGAUAGUGCCCAUCUUCCAAGACAAGUACCAGAUCAGGGCACGCUGGGUGCUGCUCGUGUCAAGCGUCUGGCUACUGGUAGUGAGACAAAUUCUAGCGUUCCAGACAGACAUGUCAAUUCUGAUAAUACUGUCCUGUCUAUACGGAGUCGGCCGCAGCUCGCUUAUUGUAAGCCGAAACUUGGCCAUUUCGGAGAGUGUCCGAAUAGACCAAGUGCCUUCAGCUGUCGGCUUGGGAAUGCUGGUGAUGUGUUUCCUGAUCCCCCCCUCCUACUGGUUCCUGGGCUGGAUCCGAGACUACACUGGCAGCUACCUGAUCUGUUUGACCGCACAAAACGCGUUUAUUGUUUUGUUUCUGCUUAUGUGGGUGCCGGAUAUGCUUUACACUUGGUGCAAAGAGAGAAAUUCUAAGGCCCUAGUGGAUGAAGUUGCGAUGUCUUGAGAUUUUCCGUGGAUUUUCAGUGGAGAGAUUUCGGGGAAUGCUUUGAUAAUAAUCGAUCGUUUCCGAGUAGAGACAGGUACUUAUUGAUAAGUCGGUAAAGUACGGUUAUUUUGUAACCGGUAAAAGAUAAUAG